UGCUGUAAGAACUGUACUGUUUAAAACCUGUAUUUAUUAAUAAUGUUUUUAUGAAUGUAAUUGUUUUGCUAUUAUAAUGUGAGGUGUAUUUAUCGUUGUUAUUAUUAUUAUUAUUAUUAUACUAAUCCCACAGGUUAGUAAAGCUCACUCUGACAGACUAGCCCUAUUUAUAUGGACACAGGACUCAGCAGCUGUAGUCAGAUAUCACUAAUCAUGAUCAGUAAUGAGGAAUCAGGAGGAAUCAUCAUCUAAGCUGCUGUCUGUAUAUUUUUGACCCACAAUAAACUAAUAAAAGAUUUUAAUUCUUUGUUUUUCUGUCGUUCAUUCAGGUGCAGAAAUGAUUAAAAUUCUGAGCCGGUACCGAACCUCACCGAGUCUCGUACAGGUGAACAUGAAGCUUUAACGUUACCUGAGUACUGCAGCAGUGAUGAACAGUGCUGUGAUGGAAUCAGAACUCAGACGGGUACAGAAACCUGAUCCUGCUGAUUCACAGGUUUGUACGGAUGUGAAGACGGAAGCUUGUGGGACUUUAGAUGAAGGAACAUGGAGCUGUGUGGGACACGUCCCCCCUGUGGAGCAGCAGGAUGAAGAAUUUCAGAUCAAGCUUGUAAAAGAGGAAGAUGAUGAUGAUGAUGAUGAUGAUGAAGAGCGUCUCUAUGGAGAGACGUCGAGCUCUGUGGGACACGUCGUCCCUGUGGAGCUGGUGAAAGUAGAAGAUGCUGAGGAGGAAGAUGAUGAUGAAGAUGACGGCUACCUCUACUGUGAGGAGUGUCAGACCUUCUUCUACAACAAGUGUGAGCUUCAUGGUCCUGCUCUCUUCAUCCCUGAUACCCCCGUCCCUGUGGGAGCUGCCGACCGAGCCAGGCGAUCCCUUCCACCCGGUCUAGAGGUUCAGAAGUCCGGGAUUCCUGAAGCUGGUCUGGGAGUGUUCAAUAAGGGGGAGACGAUUCCUGUCGGUGCGCACUUCGGCCCCUACCAGGGGGAACUGGUGGACCGAGAGGAAGCUCUGAACAGCCGGUUCUCCUGGGUGGUUUCUAAGAGCAGUGAAUGUGAGGAAUACAUCGACGGAACCAGAGAGAUCCAUGCUAACUGGAUGAGGUACGUGAACUGUGCUCGUUAUGAUCAGGAGCAGAACCUGGUGGUGUUCCAGUACCGAGGAGGGAUUCUGUACCGGUGCUGUCGACCCGUCGGACCGGGACAGGAGCUGCUGGUGUGGUACGACGAGGAGUACGCCAAGAACCUCGGGGUCACCUUCCACCACAUCUGGAAUCGAAAGUGUUUUGGAAAUGUUCCAGGAUCCAUCAGCGCCCCGUUAGACGUGUUCUCCUGCUCCUCCUGCCCACUGUCCUACACAGCUCAGAUUUACCUCCACAAGCACAUCAGGAGGUGCCACUACGAGGAGUUCCUGAGACGUCUGGAGUCUGGAGAGAUCAGAUAUGAGAACCUGCUCCGUACCAGGAGCUCCAGAGCUCAGGAGAUCUCCUCAGGUGGCCUCCCUGAUCUCGACCAGGUUCAGAGAGACUGUGGGGAGAUGUUUCCUCACCGGGGUCACCAGGUUCCCGAAGAACAGAAGCCGUACCGGUGCUCGCAGUGCGGCGGAAGGUUCACUCAUCAGAAGACGCUCAAAACACACCAGCGCAUUCACACCGGAGAGAAGCCGUACCGGUGCUCGGAGUGUGGCAGGAGCUUCACCCAGCAGAGUCACCUCAGCACGCACCGGCGCGUUCACACCAAAGAGAAGCCGUACCGCUGCUCGCACUGCGGCAAGGACUUCGCCGACGGCCGGGCUCUCAGGACGCACCAGCGCGUUCACACGGGCGAGAAACCGUACCGCUGCCCGGCCUGCGGGAAGAGCUUCACGCACCAGAGUGCCUUCCAUCAGCACCAGCGCGUUCACACCGGAGAGAAACCCUACCUGUGCCUGCAGUGCGGGAAGAGUUUCGCCGUCCAGACCGACCUCCAGAGGCACCGGCGCGUUCACACCGGAGAGAAGCCGUACCGGUGCCCGCGGUGCGACCGGAGCUUCAGCCAGAAGAGCCACCUCCACAAACACCAGCGCACUCACACCGGAGAAAAACCCUACCGGUGCUCUCAGUGCGGCAAGAGCUUCACUCAGCACUGCUCCCUCCAGUACCACCAGCGCAUUCACACGGGGGAGAAGCCCUACCACUGCAAGUACUGCGGGAAGAGCUUCACAUGCUCCAGCUCCGUCCAGAGACACCAGCGCAUUCACACCGGAGAGAAGCCAUACCGGUGCACGCGGUGCGGCGUGAGUUUCAACCAGCAGAGCCAUCUUCAAAAGCACCAGCGCAUUCACUCAGGAGAAGAGCCGUAGCACUGCACAUGGUUCGGAGCGAGCUUUAUAGAUUCAGGAGCGUUCUGGGUUCUCAAGUGCACUCACGUACACAGUGUUUGGGUCUCCAGAAUGGGACCUCUGAAUGCAGAUGGUACCAGCGCCACCUGUAGGCUGGAGGUCAACAGUGCAGCCUUAAGAAGAGGAGGUUGAGGAAUCGGUGCCAUAUCCAUCCCCAGGACAUCAUGUGUAGAAAUGUAGAUGAAAAUAAACUUUCAGAAUCACAUUUAUGACAGAAAUGUUCAUGAUCUGUAUCUACUGAAGCUCACGGGAAGAGCAUUAGUAGGUUCUCCCUUUUCCCCCUGUAUGUCUGAUAAUUGUAACUCUGACACGUUCAUUGCUGUUACCCACGUUUAUUCUUAGUUCUUAAAGAAAAAAGAACAUUUUGUUAUAAAUCACCAGACUGUGUUCUGGUGCUUUAGCAUGUUCUCCAUGCUGCUAUAUUUCAUGUAUUUACUAAUUCUAGGUUAUAAACGCAGUCCUGUUACUCAUAUACACUCAUCUUCCACUUAGAAACCUUGUACAAAUGAAACAAAGGUGCCUGAGAUUUGACCAAAACACAUUCUGAGGCCUCUUCAUCUUCAUCUUCACUCGAAACCGUUGGAGAAUUUACUGAACGAUACCCAGAACCCUUUUGUUAGAAACACCAUUAAGGUUUGGUAUGAAGUUCAGGAACAUUUGGAUACUACAAGUAGUUUGUCAGCAUUUACGCCAAUCUGUGGAAAUGAAAUGUUCCCUCCUGGCAGAAAUGAUCCUGGAUUUAAGCUUUGGGUGAAUAAGGGAUUAAGUAAACUGAUGGAUCUAUAUGAUGAAAAUAACUUGCUCUAUACAUUUGAAGAAAUUGGCAAGAAAUUUUAUAUUCCCACAAACCAUUUAAAAAAAAAUAUCUACAAUUUGAUUUUGAUGCCGUUGUAAAACCACAUCUGUAUUUUUGUAGAUCACUGCUUUUGUUGUUGAUGAUGUUAUAGUUCUAUUGUACGUGUGUAUGUAGGUGUAUAUGUAUGUAUAAUGUCAGUGUGUGAUGUUAUGUUAAUAAAAAGCAAUAAUAAUAAUAAUAAAGCAUUCUGAGUAGUGAAGUGUGUGUGGUACUAAAUGAAGUUUCAUUUCAUCCAGUUAUUCAGUGGAACGGCCCUUUUUGUAACAUGUUUUUUAAUGUCUGUGCUCAUGAUCCACCUUCUGCACCUCUUUCAUUGUAAGAUAUAAAUGUUAUGCUCACAUGAGAAUGUUUGGACUUGGACUCUUUAUCUAAUAAAAUAAAAAUCACAAAUCACA